CCUGGUGAACGGGGAUUGGCUGAAAGUCGGGUAUUUGUGUCACGUGACGUGUAUACAAACGCGACAUGACAGCCUCAACACAACACACAUCACGCAGCGGAGACGCGACAUAACACACCUGUGCUGCUCCACGCCUUUUCCCCCCACCCGCUGGAGUCUUACCAGCCUUUGGCGAUGUCUUCCCUGGAGACUACGAAGGAUGUGUGCUCCAGUUCCUCCGAGGAGGAGAGAGGCUCCUCUCCGGUGGCGCAGCGGCAUCGUCAUCCGUUCAGCGUGGAGGCGAUCAUGUCCGGGAGGAAGACGGUGGUCCGCCGCGGCGGAGAGGUCGGCUCGGUGGUGGUGUCACCCUCGGGCUUUAGUUCGCUUUACGGUCGGAAGAGCUUCCCGACUGCGCCGUCAUCGCCGGUCAAUUCUGAAACAUCCGAGACGGAAGAGUGGGUCAUCGGCGGCGUGCUCUCCUCUAAGCCCUGUCAUGUCAGUCCUGCCUGCCAGUUGAGGAAACACAAGACCAACCGCAAACCCCGCACUCCCUUCACCACGUCCCAGCUCCUGGCGCUGGAGAGAAAGUUCCGUCAGAAGCAGUACCUGUCCAUCGCCGAGCGGGCCGAGUUCUCCUCCUCCCUGACUCUCACGGAGACCCAGGUGAAGAUCUGGUUCCAGAACCGCCGAGCGAAAGCCAAGAGGCUCCAGGAGGCCGAGAUGGAGAAACUGAAGAUGGCCGCUGACGCUAAGACCGCGGCGGUGGCGGCCGCCAGAUCACUCGUGCAGCCGGGUUUUCAGCUGCCGCUGACACUUGGCGCUAUGUACGGACAGUCCUUCGCUGCAUACCACCACAGACCCAUGUUGCCUUUUGCACCCUUAGGACUAUACGCUACUCCUCUGGGCUUCGGCAUGUACCACUUGUCAUAGAAACUGGAAUCUCACUGACUUUGGGUCUCGAUGCUUCUAUGAAGAUGCCCAAAAGAGACAUUAUGGAGGAUGGGCUGACUUUAAAAAGAUGUUUAUAGUUGCACAAGAGGAUGUUUCUAUGCUCUCAUGGUGAAGAUUUUAAAACUAUUAUCUUUAUAUUCUUAUGUUAACUUCUGCAAUAAAGCAGCUGUGCACUUGACGGCCAAAAGUGCCUUAAUGUCCGUAAGGGCCUCUUUCAGCUCAAAUGAAAAAUAUAGUUCCUCCUCAGGUACUCAGAUAACAAUACUGCACAAAAACUCAUAAUAAAGAACACAGAAAUUGUAUUCAAAUACAAUAAAAACUUCUCCCAUGCUUAAAUGACCCUAAUUUUGGGAAUCCUUGAUAUAAAAAGUGUGUUUCAUGACACAUUAACAGAUGGUACUUUUCCCUUGAAAAAAGUAUAUAUAAUGACAUGUAGUCUUAUAUUAUUGGCCUUAAAAUGUUUACAUGCAAACUAAAAGGUGAGUUUCCCCCAACCAAUCAGAGCUUUUCUCCCAGUCACUCACACAACAGAGAGAUGCAGGCAGGGGCGCCGCUAGGGAUUUUGGGCCCCAUGAAAAUAAUCUUUACAGGGCCCCCAACACAGUGUCAUUAUUUUUUCUGUAUUAUCAUCAUUAGGGGCCUCUCUGGGCCCCCCUCCAUCAUGGGCCCCUAGAAUCCGUCUCCUUUACCCCCCUUUUCGGCGCCCCUGGAUGCAGGGACCGGCUGGGAAAAAGGUAUCCGUCAAUCUGUUGUCUUUUAAAAAGAGGGGGUCGUCAAAUAUUCAGGUCAGUUUGUAUACAUGCUGUUCUAAUCAUGAUUCAACCCUAUAUAUGACUUUUACAUUAUGCCCAUAACCUAUUUAUUCUUCUCUCAAAUACGACUGUGGGGAUGUACCUGUGCCUUUCCAUGAUAUAUUUAUGAGUGUGAAAAUACGGUGAAACGGUCCAAAGAUAUGGUUCUUGAGCGUCCCUUUGUUAGGCAGCACAUUGAACUAUGCAGUUUAUACUGUAUGUUUAUAUAUCUAUAUGUCAUUGUUCCUCAAAUGGAUGAAAUAAAAGCCUUACAGAC